AUGUUAGAUAUUAUUACCUUUUCAUUAUCAGAAUUAGAGUUAUCUUAUAGACUCCAUGACUUUACAAUACGUUAUCUAAAAUAUACUUCAUUUUUACUUCCUAAUAGAUAUAAAGAUGAUUUCCUUGAUAAUUGUUCAUCAGCAGCACAUCUUCAACAUUGUAUAGAUUUAACGUAUUCUAAACCUACUUAUUCAUAUAAUACUAAUAUUACAAUCAAGCUAGUAUUUCCUACAAAAAAUUUUGCUACUUACGAUGAUAAUUAUUCUGUACUUAAAGAAUUAAUUUUACCACCUUAUAAUUCUUUUAAUUCUUUGGAUUCUCCUAAGUUUUUUGAAUUCUGGUGUUUGCAAGCACUUGUAAAAUUUAAAUGGGAAUCCUUACUUGGUGUGGCAGUUGAUGAAACAAAUAAAGAAGAAUCUUUUUUAUAUUUAAGAUCUGAGUAUACAAGAAAAACUUUUAAAGGUCUAUAUGAACCAUAUCUUUCAAAGUCUAUUUGUGAAAUAGUUGGUAUAGAAAAGGAUGAGAUUAGUAAAAAUUUUGAUGAUAUAAAUAAGAAUUUUGAUGAUAUAAAUAAGAAUUUUGAAGAUAUAAAUAGAAACUUUAAGGAUAAAUUUGAUAUUAUUAAAAAAAAGUUUGCUGAUAUUGAUAAAAACUUAAUGGAUAAAUUUGAUGCU